CGAGAUAUGGAUUUUUAUUGGGGCGAAUUGAUUUGCUCUAUGCGACUUUAAUUCCAUUCCAUUGUGUCUGUGAUAAGGCUGAGUUACUGUGUCUGUUUCGAGCCUGCGGCUGACACAGAGAGCCAAGAAGGUCAGGUUGCCUGUAGCAACAAGUUUCGACCCUACACGUAAAACAAACUAAUAUAAAACGUGACACGACCGUGAUCUCUCGCGUAUUAUAUACCGAGACUGCAGAAAGUUAUCUGAAACGAAAAGCCAAAACGCAGCAAUAAUUUCCCGAGCCAAACUCCGAAGUGACGCUAAGUCACGUGCUACGUUCUGGUCGCAUUCUGAUGAUCUACAUUCCGAGGCGUCCAAUCAGCUUCAGGCAACAUGGCGGCCGGGAAAAGGCUUCCGCGCUGCAGCUUUGAUAUGCAGAUUUACUUCCAUGAAGAAGUUGCAGUUUGCUGAAUAUGGAAAACAAGCAGCUGUGUCGAGAUAAGGACUUAGCUGCUGAGUCUAAUAUCAAAAAGGGGAAAGAUAUGGAUGGAAACUCCAACACUGUUGACCCUGUAGGAGAAAACCCCUUGUUGCUUUCUUCAUCUGUGUCUUCGUCAGAAGUGUCUGGAUCUCCAAGCACUAAAAGACUAAUGCCAGGACUGCAUCCUUGCAAAAAAUUGGUGGAAGUGUGUACUGAAAAUGAGCCUUUGUUAAAACGACCAAAAAUUGAAGAGGUUACUGGUGAAGGCAGUGAUAAUCAUAUCAACCCAAACAAUAAAGAUAGCACAGUCAUUCAAGUACCACUAUCGAACAAGAGUGGCUUGCUCCCUAAUGAUGAAAGUUUCUCAAGGCAGGUGCCUUCAAACUCCAAAGUCAGUGACAUACAGAGUAUUCCUGGAGCAAGGAAACAAUUAAGUGGGGUAUUAAACUCUGAAGAAAAUGUUGGCGAUAUUUCAAAUAGAAGUGACUUUAACAGUAAACUUGCUGAAAAUCUACAUUCUUCCAACUGUGUUGUUACCGAAGAAAACCUCUACCAUACUAGGAAAAAAAAAACAAGUGUACAAAUUCCAGUGUCCAUUCAAAGCAAAGUAUUUUCCUGCGAUAUCUGUGGUGCUCAGUACUCUAAAGAAAAUCUUUUGCAUGACCAGCAUAAUUGCGAGACUCAGGUUCAUCAUGAGAAUGUUGAAGCACUCAAGGACACGUCUAAGAAAAUGCUUUCAGAUGUUAAAAAAAAGUCUAGAAAUAGCAAAGCUAAACUGAUUAAAUCCAAAUUAACAGCUUAUAUUGACACAAACUCUGACAAAAGCAAUUCAAGAGACUCUCUUAAAGAAAAAACAAAAUGUUGUUCAGAAAGUGAAUCAAAUGUGGAUGGUGAAAAUAAAAAAACAAAUAUAGGCAGAAAAACAAUGAAGCAAAAAAUCGCUAGAGAAUUAAAAAAUACUUCAAAAAUUAUAUUGGCCAUAAAGGCCAAAAUACAAAAAGACAAACAAGCAUUUGAAAAAAGCAGUUUCUUUAGGAGAAAGUAUGGUUUUGGUCAAAUCAGGAAGAGCUUGCAUAUGAGAAGAAUAAUGAAAAAAGGCCAGGUAUGCUUAAAACCUUCAGCUAUACCCUCAGAAACGUUACAAACAGAGAACGCCGAUUGCACUGAAAUAAUUAAUGAUCAGAAUAGUGCAACCAUGUUUCAGACUAGUUCAUCUGAAGUAGUACAAGUGGAAGUAAAUACGUCCAGUACAUUGCACACGUGUGAUCACUGUAAGCAAGUGUUUGCAAAUGAAAAUUCACUAGGAGCACAUGUUAAGAGGCAACACAAUGAAGAAAACCAGUUUUAUUGUCAAUCUUGUGGUUUCUUUUGCACAAACAGGAGGAAUUUUGAAAAGCAUUGCCAGAGUUCUUGUAAUCAGACCAUGAAUGGUAACUUAGAAUGCCAUAUCUGUUCAGCUGUAACUGCGAAUAUAACAACGUUCAACACUCACAUGAGUGUUAACCACAACUUGAAAUUCCAUUGUGGUGUAUGUAAACUUUAUUUUAUGCUGAAGGAAGAGUUAUUGCACCAUGAAAAAACACAGCAUAAUCUUCAAAUUCAGAAAAGUGCAGAUAAACUGGCUUUUGAGAUAUAUGAUCCCAGGAACAUUCAAGCACAAAUUGAAAUCAGCAAUAUAGCAAAUACAACAGAAGAAAAUCAAGUAAAAGAAGGUGUUGAAAAUCCAUGUCAUUUUGAGACUGGGAAGCAACAAUUUCAGUGUAAAAAAUGUUUUUAUAAGACACGCUCAUCAACUGUCCUUACAAGACAUAUAAAACUUCGCCAUGCACAUGACUUUUACUUUUUAUGUAAAGCUUGCAAUAUUUAUUCAAUGUGCAAAGAAGGCAUGGAAAAGCAUAUCAAAAGAAGUAAGCAUAUAGAAAAUGCUAAAAAAAAUAACAUUGGCUUGCUCUUUGAGGAGUGUAUGGAAAAGGUUAGGUUUGAUGGCAUUUCAGAUCCUAGUGUAGUUGAGGAUAGAGCUAAAGAGACUCAGUCAAUUCCAGUGUCGCAGUCCUUUUCAAAUAAAGCUUUACCUCCCACUGUUGAAAGCCUGUAUUCCAGCCAAGACUCCAGUGGAAAUGAAAUAAAAAAAGGAAGACCAAAAGGAAACAUGUCUAGAUUGUGUAAUUACUGUGGACUUGUGGCUUCAAGUGUCACGAAUUUAUCAGUUCAUAUAAGGCGAAAACAUAGCCAUCAGUAUAGCUACUUAUGCAAAGUUUGCAACUAUUCCACAGUAACUAAAGGUGACAUGGAGCGACACUGUGCUACCAAAAAACAUAACAUUCGCGUAGCCCUAGAAAAUAAAGGACCACAUAAAAUAGAUGUGAUUGUUACCUCUGAUGGAAGACAAUUUGAAGGGAUUUCUAAGAAAAAAGAAACCCAGGCUACUACCCCUUUAGAUAAUGGACAUUCUAAGCCUGUCGGUACAAAGAAUCCUGUUUGUGCCUCUGACACCCUGCUAGAUGAGCAGAAUGCAAAUCCAAUCUCAGCCAUUAAUUUUCCGGGCGAUGGCCCAGUAUCUGAAGUUCAGGUUACAGUAGCAGAAACAGAUAAUACUAGUGAAAUUGAUCCAAUGAAGAAUGGUUCUUUUGAAACUAGAAUAGAAGAAACUGUCAAGAAGCUACAUACUGAGGAAUUUCAGUAUUAUUGUAUGGCAUGUGAACAUUAUACUCUAACACAUAGUGAAAUGAUGAAACAUGUGGUAACAGAGAAGCAUAAGAUGAACUACCAGGUUUACAAAUCACAGUCUUCAUCAGUGACAGAUGUCAUGUCUGACAAUGGCCAAACAUUAUCUGAUGACUUGUCUAAUCAGCCAGUUCAAAUCAAUAGUAAGGAAUGCUUGACUGCCAUUAAUCAAAAUACAAAUGUAGACUUUGACAUAGACAGCCAGGUUUCUGCUCCAGAACAAGGAGGGAAGUUAGCAUUGGAUGCAUCCAAAACAACCACCACAUUUACAAAAGAGAUCACUGAAAUCAAUACAAAUCCUGAGCAAGUAAGUCUGAAUAAUAAGUAUACAGAGGAAAUGCAUGAAAAUGGAAUAGAAAAGCAGCACUUUAUUUCUUCAGUAGAUGCCAAAGACAAAGAAGACAAUGUAGAAUAUAUAAAAUCACGUGAAGAUGAUUCUGUUGUUGAGAUUUUACAGUUAAAAAAUGGCGAGUCUGUGUCAAAUGCUCAAUCUGAUGAAAUUAUCCUUGAGGCUGUGAAUGAGAUGGAAGUUUGCAUAGUUGAGGAUACUGUAGGUCUAGAUAGUUCAAUAGGUGGUGGUGCAGUGGAAUUGAACAAUGCAAGUGGAUCAUACAGCUUUGAUCAAAGUAGAGGCCAGUUUGAUUCUUCAAUUGUAAAACUACAAAAAUGGCAGGUAGAAGCAGGUGCUGUACAACCAGUAAAAGGAAAAAAGGGAGGUGGAAAAUCUCAGCGUGGCAAAGCUCGUAUACGCUGUGAUGACUGUGGUUUCUUAGCAGAUGGCCUGAGUGGACUAAAUGUACACAUAGCAAUGAAACAUCUAACAAAAGAGAGACAUUUCCAUUGCUUACUCUGUGGCAAAUCUUUUUUUAGUGAAAGCAACCUUCACCAGCACUUGACUAGUUCUGGCCAUAUUAGAAAUGAACAGGAGAGUUUUGAAGAGCUACCUGAAGGGGGAGCCACUUUCAAAUGUGUGAAAUGCACAGAACAUUUUGAUUCGGAACAAAGCUUGUUUCUUCAUAUUAAAGAAAAGCAUGAAGAACUGUUAAGAGAAGUCAACAAAUAUAUUGAGGAGGACACAGAACAAAUCAACAAAGAAAGGGAGGAGAACUCGGGAGAUUUUUGCAAAUACUGUGGCAAGAAAUGUAAAAGUAGCAACUCAAUGGCUUUCCUCUCUCACAUUCGCACUCACACAGGAUCAAAGCCAUUUAAGUGCAAGAUAUGUCACUUUGCGGCAGCUCAGCUGGGAGAUGCCAGGAAUCAUGUGAAGAGACAUCUUGGAAUGAGGGAAUACAAGUGUCAUGUCUGCGGGGUGGCUUUUGUUAUGAAGAAGCAUUUGAACUCACAUUUACUUGGAAAGCAUGGACUUGGUACUCCAAAGGAAAGGAAAUUCUCAUGUAACCUCUGUGAUAGAACUUUCAGGGAGAAGUGGGCUCUGAACAAUCACAUGAAACUACACACUGGAGAGAAGCCCUUUAAAUGUACCUGGCCCACAUGCCAUUAUUCGUUCCUCACUGCGUCAGCUAUGAAAGAUCACUUCAGGACUCACACAGGCGAGAAGUCAUUCAUGUGUGACCUUUGUGACUUUGCUGGUGGGACCCGUCACGCCCUUACUAAGCACCGGAGGCAGCAUACAGGAGAGAAGCCAUUCAAAUGUGAUGAAUGCAACUUUGCAUCCACAACACAGUCGCAUCUAACAAGGCACAAGAGAGUCCACACUGGAGAGAAACCCUACAAGUGUCCUUGGUGUGAAUACAGGUCUAACUGUGCAGAAAAUGUCCGCAAACAUAUCUUGCACACUGGUAAGCACGAAGGUGUGAAAAUGUACAACUGCCCUAAAUGUGAAUAUGCAACCAAUGUCCCAGUGGAAUUUCGCAACCAUCUGAAGGAGCAGCAUAUCGACAUUGAGAACCCUGACUUGGCAUACCUUCAUGCUGGUAUUGUUUCGAAAUCAUUUGAAUGUCGGAUAAAAGGACAAGGUGCAAACUUUGUGGAGACCACCAGCCCUUUCACUGCAUCUUCUGCAAUAGAAAUUUCUCCACUGAAAGAAAAAAGUACUCGAAGUACAAGAAGGCAAUCUCCUGCAAAUGAGCAAGUGCAGCAAGUCAUUAUUAUCCAGGGGUUCUCUGAAGAGUAUGAUGGGGAUUUUACAAUUGAUACCUCUGUUGAGGAGACAGCAGCAGCAACCCUUCAGACUCUGGCAAUGGCUGGUCAAGUAGCAAGAGUUGUCCAUAUUACUGAAGAUGGCCAAGUAAUAGCAACUGAUCAAGCUACUCACAUGAAUAGUAUCAUUCCAGGAAAUAUCCUAAGUGAGCAGUUGCCAGAGGGAACUACACAAGUUGUGGUAGUUGAAGGUCCUGUAGGCGAAACAGAUGUUUCUGAGUCUGUCUCAAUAGAGACAGUUACUGACUCUACUGGAAAUGUGGUACAGCAGGUCAUGGCACAGGGAAUUUUAGAUCCAUCACAGACUGUGCACACUGCUGAUUCUACAGCACUGGAUGCACUUCUUUGUGCUGUGACCGAGCUGGGAAAUGUAGAUGAAGGAAACACUGAGCAAAACAGAGCAGAAAGGCCAAUAGAAGAAUCAGUGAUGAGGAUUGCAAGUGACCAGCAAUAUAGUGAUCCCAGUUCAGGUGAAAUAGAGAUGUACCAAGAAGUGCAUGAUGCACCUCAAAGCAUUGAACCAAUGGAGGUUGUAAGACAAGUCAUGCAUUCUUCAAAUAUUCUGACAUCCCAAGAAUCGGCCCAAGUGGCAUUCAAAAGAAUGGUUCAGGGGGUCCUACAGUUUGCUGUUUGUGAUUCUGAUACAGCAGGUCAGCUGGGUGUUACUCAGGUAAUAGUAAAUGAUGAAGGAACAGUGCAUAUGGUCUCUAGCGAAGGCUCUCGUAUAAUUAUGCACAAUACCAAAAGCCAUACUCUUAGUCUACCUGAGCAAAAUGUGGACCUGGUUGAAUCUAACGAAGAAAUUUCACAGAUAAUUGUCACUGAAGAGCUAGCCAGGGCCAUGGUUCAGAAUGUUGGCAGCAGCUUUACAGAUGGCACAACCCAUUAUAUUGUGACUGAAUUGCCUCAAGAUGGAAUGCAGAAAGAAUCGGGUAUUUUUUCACAUGCAGUUAUAGAGACAAAUGAAUCAGGAGAUAUUCUGCAUGCAGAAACUACUUUGGAGACAGAAGUUCCAUCUGUAGCCGCAUCAGAAGACCUUACAAGCAUGACAGUCUACACAGAGUGCAGCUCCCAAGAUAUACAUGUGGCAAACCAAAAAGAGGCUAGUGAAGAUCAGGGGCAAAUGUAGAGUGGCCUCCAUCUCUGUCCUCCGGUUCAGUUGUAGCGUUUAUAAAUUAUUAUAAAUACUAUUGGAGUAAUGUAAAAUAAAUUGAAAAAGGUCUAGUAAACCUUAGCAACUAAAACAGGUGACUGUUAAAGGCUGCCUACUAAUUGGUGUAAACUUUGCGACUUUUGUUACAUUGACCAUAUUUUGUUUAUUCAAGUGUAUACGACUUUUGUUUCGACCAAGACAUGGCAGAAAAUAUGUAAGGCAUCCAUUAUUAGCGACUGAUAUGUGUGUGUUAACUGAUUUCUCCAAAUAAAACAAAAGCACCAGUUCUAUAUGCAAAGGUGGGCCUUUAAUUACUGAGUGAUCACAUUGAUUAGCGGUGUUAAAUUUCUGCUGUUGGCUCUCUUACACUCCCAUGGGGCAUUAGUCUUUAAAUAAUCUCCUAUCUAGGUGAACAUCUGUGUUGGUGUUAGAUAUGUAACCUUUUAACAUAACAUAUGUGGGAGAAUUGACAUGAGCUUCUUCAUAUGAAAUAUCAGAUGUAAAUGGCAUCUACAUUUCUGGAUUAUCCGAAAUACAUUUAACAAAAAGUUUUUAAGAAAUGUACAGUGAAACCUAAAAUUCCAUUUCUGCUGCAUUAUUGCAUUCAUUUAUACAAAUAGCUAAAAAAAUGUUUGUUGUUUAUUAUAUCCUUGAGCUUAUGUUGAAAUGCAUGCUGUGGAAGAAUCACAGAUAAAUAGCUUUUCUGUGAUUUGCAGUAUAUUCUUUGGGAUUUUAUUUAUGUUUUAAUUUCAUAAAACUGUACAAAAGGGAAAUGACUGAUCCACUAUUUAAACAUGUUUUGGGGUUUAAUUUGGUAGCUAGCUUAAUUUAUCUCAGUGUAAGGUUUAUUUUCAUGCAAUGCUCCGAUAUAUUGAAAGACCACCAUAUGCUGUUUAUUUUAUUAUGCUAUAUACAGAUUUUACUGGCAGUCUAAGGUAUGGUUUGACAUUUAGCCAUCUUUUGGAUAAUUUUUUUUAUUAUUUUGCAGAAAAAAAGAAACUUAAUUUUCCAACUCCGCAACACUGGUGUGCAUUCAGUUGCACAUAUUGUCAUAAUAUAUAGGACAUACAUAAUUAAUCAGUCUCCGGUAUAUCAGUAGCUUUAGCACAUAAUCAGUAUUUAUUGGUUCUCCUAGUGAUACACCUGAGCUAUAAGAAAGAAGUUCUGACAUAAUGCAUUAUUGGGAGAGUAGGGUCAGAAGCACAGUCCUAGAGACCACCAAGCUAAUGGAAUGAGAUCUUGACUAGUAUGACAGACCCAAUUUCCAUCAUAUGCCUUGACUGAUUUACAGCUUUUAACUGGUAGUUACGUAUUUGAUACAUUUUAUAACAAUAGCUGUUAAAUGGGGUUGGACCCCCGCCCCUCCCCCCAACAUAGUAUAUAUUUACACUUCCCUUUCAGUUGUUGGGAGUGUCAUUCAUAAUUACAUAUUGAACAUACAUGAGAAGAUUUUAUUCAGGCAAUAUAUCCAAUUUAAUUAGUCUAACGAGAUAUUGUGCUUUUUGACCACAACGUAGGCCAGACUGAACUAGCCUUGGUUGAUUGGACCAGGAGCAAGUUAAAAAAACAAACAAACAUGAAAGUGAGGCCUUACUAUGCUCCAGGAUGAUGAUCACUGACCCCUACGUUGGAUGAUCCACGUUGGAUGAUCAGCUCUGAUAUAACUGCACCAGUGGAAGAUCUUUCAGAAUACACGUCCCCCCACAUGUUCUUGACUGUGAAAAAUUACCAAACUGAACAAGCUGGAUGACCCGUGCUUGGCCAGCUGUAUCACUUCAUUAACUUGCUCCUAAUCAGAAUUUAGGCUGAGGACAUGUUUCCAUGAACUGAAAUAGUACAACCCUGGUUUAGAGAAUCUGCCAUAAACCUAAUAUGCAACUUGUAUAUUAAAAACUGGUUGUAUGUGACAAAGUUAUUUAAAUGUUUUGAUGUUGAAGAGCCCUGGCCAAAUGAACGUUAUCCUAUUUUUGUGGCACACGUUGUCUUUUUUUUUUUUUCCAUAUUGUUAAACAUUUUUGUUUGUUUUUCCAAAAUAAAAGAGCUACAAA